AUGAUGGAGUCAUCUGGUCCUGGCUUCGUGUCCAGGCCCCCUUCAAACCAAAGGGAGGAAAGCGAAGAGCAUCAAACAGAUUGGAUUUUACCCGAAGAGCUUCUGGCCAGCUACCAGAUGCAAUGGGGCCUGAGCGGUGAGCUGUUUCUAAUUGACAAAAAACAAAUCACACAGGUUAAUGAGUAUAAACUAGACAGCCAGAGCAGUUUCUUUCGAGGAAUUAUCAGACGAAAGCAAAUGGAUGUGUUACAAACCUCCAGUGGUCAAUAUGCGAAAAAAGAUAGCCAUGAGGAAGGCAGAAAUCAGGCAAGCUUAGAAGGCGCCCAUAUCGCUUUAACUCCAACGCCGAUAAAAAUCCGCCUUACUAGCUACAUGGCUCUGGCUGACUUGGCUUUCGCUCUACACUGGUGUCAUAUAGGCAAAUGCUACAUUGUAGAUAUAGACACAAACAAAAGGAAAUACGAAAACAGUGUGUGGAUUUGUUCACAAGGAUCUAAAGUCUCAUACGAAUUUCAGGAGGGACAGAUAAGAAUAAAAGAAAAUGGGUUCAACGAGAAUAUCUGGGAAACACAAAAUAAAGCUCUAUUACAAACCGACGAGAUCGCAAUUUACAGGGACCAGGUAAAAUGCAACCUAAAGGCGGCUUUAAGAGUGGCCAACCUUUACGGAAUAGCAGAGCUACGCAUCAAAUGUCAUGAGUAUAUUCGUGAGAAUUGUGAUUUGACCUCUUGCUGGUCACUGUGGCGAGAGAGUAAGAUUUACCGCGCCACAAGUGAAGGUAAAGUGGAUCAGGUAGACCCACUUGCAUCAGGGAUUGUCAGCCGAUUCAUACUGGAAAACUUCUCGGGACUACUGAGAACUGCGAAGAAAGAAGAUAAAGGAAAUGAGAGAAGAGGUUUGAAGAAGCUUUCAGAAGAGGAGCUACGAAGCUUGCUCUCCUCCAGCUACCUAAACGUAAAGAGUGAAAUGGAGGUCGUCGAUGCUAUUUUGAUGUGGGCUGGCUCACGGAAGAAAAGAGACAGACAUUCUAGUCUCAUUACCCGAUUGUUCUCAGAUUGCAUUCGCUUCAGUCAGCUUAUGCUGACAGAACUGGACAUGCUGUACAGGCUUCCCGAAAUCCGGCAAUCUCGUGUCCGAAAAUCGACGUCAAUUCAGCCUGAGGAAGUUAUAGGGGACAAAAUGCUAGAAGGUAAAGAGACGAAGCAGGAGGACAGUGAAGAUGAGAAAAAUACCAGGGAUAGCAUAAAUGCUGAAAACAAAACUGUGCUGCGAAAUUUGCAUUUGCGUACGGACAUACAGGACGAAGGAUCAGAUAAAAAGUCAUGCCUUGCAACACUACGGCAGACUCGACGCCGUCUGAUUCGGGCUAAACGCAACCUCAGACCACUAGUCAUACCCAACAGCUUAAAAUUGGCAGGCAAACAGCCAAGCAACUUAAAAAAUGGGUGCUAUAGGACUCAGACGGCCGAUCAGACAAAGCGGGUAGAUGAGCGAUCACAGAUCGGCCAACCGGCAAACCGCACGGAUGCUGGUGACGACUACCGACGCCAUGAGGCAGGAGGACUUCCGCAAUUGCAACAUUUAUACCUACACGACUGGCAGUCAUGGGAGCCCGGCAAUCGAGAGCAUCGCUGUCGAGAACAAUCCGCCUGUACUGCUCGAGGAAACGGACAUGAUGAUGACAGUGCUGAUUUUUACGUGGCUGAUGAGAUGAGGGUACCUGCCACACGAAGGUUGGCUGAAAAUACUGGCUACGUGCCAAUCCAUACCGACGCCAGGUUGCCACAUGAGGCGAUCUUUGUGUUUGGUGGCUGGGAGGAAGGCCGGCCGUGCAGACGUAUCCACAUGCUGGACGACAAGCGUCUUGCCUGGAUCAGCUUUGGCUCAGUAGAAAAGGAUUGCCAAAAAGCCACAGAAACUAUAGCGCCAGCCUCUGGCGUUGCUCCGAUCGAGCUACCAUACGCGCUGAUGAGUUUCGGCCUGGCUCUUGCCAGUCAACGACACGUUUAUAUUGCAGGAGGUGAGACGAUACACAGCCCAGCCAGCCAUCAGGUGAUUCAUUUGGAUCUGGACGAGGCUUCGGAGUAUAUGCGUACUGGUCUAUUCUCUCCACAGGAGGUGCCUCGUCGUCUAGCUGGCAGUAUUUGGCGUCGCGUGGCCACCAUGCAUGAGGGCCGACGCGAUCUAGCCUUGGUUGUGGUGACUCUGGAGGACGGUGAAGAGGCACUUCUCGCGAUAGGCGGUGAUAGCAGUCGCUUGGUGCUAAACACUGUGGAAUGCCUGUGUCUGAGCCCCGAGAGGCGUGGCGGCUGGGUAUCUGUGGCCUGCAUGCAAGUGCCACGUGGAGCACCUGCGGCCGAGGAACUGGGUGGGCAAGUCUAUGUGUGCGGAGGAUACAUUGAAAGCCGAAUGGAGGUGCUAACUAAUAGUUGUGAGGCUUAUUGCCCUCGGACAGACCAGUGGACUAUGAUACAACCGAUGGCUGAGACACGCUACUAUGCUCAAGCUGUGGUUGUCGCCGGAGCUCUCUUUGUCUUGGGAGGCGGCGGGGAAGGUGGCUUAGCAACCGAACCUGAUCAUGAAGAAUCACACUCUCACCGUCUGAGACGUCGAGAGCUCACUGACCGACGCCGAAACCGAUUAGCAGCUCUGGAGGGCUAUAGUAGCACCGUGGAGCGCUAUGAUCCAGAAAGAGGAGUUUGGGAGCUGAUGCCAAGCAUGUCAGAGAGAGCAGACUUUGCAGCAUGUCUACUAGGAGAAGAGAUUGUCUGCCUGGGAGGAGGAGACGAGGCCAUUUGCACCAGCGAAGUGGAAUGCUGGCGACCAUGGACAAGGGAUAAUUUAGCAGGUGAAGGAGAUCAAUUGCAGCAAUCGUUACUAAGCGAGAGGAGAAACGAGGAGAGCCCAGAAAUUAAUAUGCCAUUAUGGCUAGCUGGAAAUCAAUCCCAAGGAGAAAGCGACGGAGGACAUCUGCCCCAGACUCCCUUUGGGGGCAGCACCUGGAGGCGAGGCGUAAACUUGCCCAAGCCGAUAUGGGGCCAUCGCGGAAUAACAGUCAGGUGA